AGACGAAUAUAGCCCAUUCGACCGAAGCACUGUGAACUCCCUCUUUUCUUUGUUCAUCCUAGCAAUGGUCAACAUUCCCAAGACCCGCAACACCUAUUGCAAGGGCAAGACCUGCAAGAAGCACACCCCCCACAAGGUUACCCAGUACAAGACUGGUAAGGCUUCUCUCUUCGCCCAGGGUAAGAGACGUUACGACCGUAAGCAAUCCGGUUAUGGUGGUCAAACCAAGCCCGUCUUCCACAAGAAGGCUAAGACCACCAAGAAGGUUGUCUUGCGUCUCGAGUGCACUGUCUGCAAGUACAAGAUGCAAAUGGCUCUCAAGCGUUGCAAGCACUUUGAACUCGGUGGUGACAAGAAGACCAAGGGUGCCGCUCUUGUUUUCUAAAUGCCUUUUCUGCUUUGGAUGUGAAUUGUAUACGAGCAUGCUUAUGCAACUUGAUCCAAUCAACCAUUCAUCCGCAAUAAAACUCUAAAAUCGUCUUUACACUAAAUCAGUUGGAGAGACCUCGGG